AUGAACUGCUUGCAAAGUUGGCCUGAACCUGUGGUUCGAGUCCAAUCUUUAGCAGCAAGUGGUAUCCGAGCAAUCCCAGAGCGUUAUAUUAAGCCACCAUCUCAUAGACCUUUAUCAAACAAUGAUUUUUCGCUACCUCAGGAGGUGAACAUUCCUGUUAUUGAUUUUCAAAACGUUUUCUCUGACGACCAACGCCUCCGCGACCAGGCCCUCCGUUCUAUCUACCGUGCUUGCCGUGAAUGGGGGUUCUUUCAGGUGGUGAACCAUGGUGUUAGCCAUGAACUGAUGAAAAGGACUCGUGAGGUUUGGCGUGACUUCUUUAACAUGCCAGCAGAAGUGAAGCAAGAGUAUGCUAACAAUCCUGCUACGUAUGAGGGGUAUGGUAGCCGGUUGGGAGUAGAGAAGGGAGCAAUUCUUGAUUGGAGUGAUUACUUCUUCCUUCAUUAUAUGCCUGUUUCGCUGAGAAAUCGGAACAAGUGGCCUGCAACCCCAGCCUCUUGCAGGGAAUUGGUAGCUGAGUAUGGCCGCGAAGUGAUUAAACUUGGUGGAAAGUUGAUGAAGGCAUUUUCUAUGAACCUUGGCCUGGAAGAAGACUUCCUCCUAAAUGCUUUUGGUGGAGAGGAAAACGUUGGUGGAUGCUUGAGGGUAAAUUACUAUCCACAGUGUCCUCAACCAGACCUCACCCUAGGUCUCUCACCACACUCUGACCCUGGUGGAAUGACCAUUCUCCUGCCUGAUGAAAAUGUGGCUGGAUUACAAGUCCGUAGAAAGGGUAGUUGGCUCACUGUUAAGCCAGUCCCAAAUGCCUUCAUUAUCAACAUAGGGGAUCAAAUCCAGGUACUGAGCAACGCCAUCUAUCAGAGUGUGGAACACAGGGUUAUUGUGAAUUCUAAUAGAGAUAGGGUCUCUCUUGCCUUUUUCUAUAACCCCAAGAGUGACUUGCUGAUUGAACCAUGCAAGGAACUUGUCACCGAGGACCGGCCGGCUCUCUACCAACCGAUGACAUUUGAUGAAUACAGACUUUUCAUUAGGACAAGAGGUCCCAGUGGCAAGAAUCAAGUUGAAUCCUUAAAGUCUCCUGGACCAUGUAAUGAAUGUUGA